AAUCGGAGGAUACUUGGUAGAAAUAUUUUGGAAGGCGAUCGCUUUUUGGGAACAAUUGUCUAAUAUUCAUAUUGUGCAUCAAAGUAUUUUGACAGAAUGCUCAUAGAAAACGUUGAAGCUCUGAAAAUAUGGCUGACCAAGACUCUAUCUCCAAUAAGCGAUGCAGACCCUGCUUCUCUUGCUAAAUAUGUUCUGGCCUUGGUUAAAAAAGACAAAGUAGACAGGGACUUAAAGGAAGUAUGCAUCGACCAGCUGGAUGUCUUUCUUCAAGGAAAAACCAAGGGUUUUGUGGAUACAUUGUUUGAAGCAUUGACAACAAAAGAAUACAUGAAACAUGCGCCAGAUUCCUCGACCAAGACACAAGCUGUGGAUGACGGCAAGUCAGACGUGUCCCUCCCCAGUAAAGGGGACAGCAGGAAAGAUUCAACAGACUCAAAGAAGGCUAAAAGUGAGAAGGGCAGAGAAGGGAAGAGAGAAGACAGAAGACAUGGCUCAAGGAGCCCUAGUCCCAGAGAAAGACGCAGGGAUAUUGAUGACAGGAAGAGGAGGCACGAUGACAGAAGACUGUCUGAUGAGAGGAGGAGUUACAGAAGAAGAUCACGGUCCUACAGUCCCAGAAGUCCACGGAGGACUCGGGGCAGGUCCAGGAGUCCCCGCGAAAGAGGACGCUCAAGGUCAUGGAGUAGGUCAAGAUCAAGAUCCAGGUCUGGACCUAGGUCAUGGAGUAAAUCUAGGUCAAGGUCACGGUCAAGAGAAAGAAGAGUAUACAGCAAACAACAGUCUGAUAGUCGAGGCUCUACCCCUACACUUGAUAAUGGAAAGUAUGACGCCACCUCUUCCAUUCCUACCGUAGGAAGCGCUGUGUACUCCGUCCCCAGGGUAGAAGGGGGGUACCCCUCAGAGUCUCACCCCCAGGGCCUGCCAGCAGUGCCCGCCCCCUCAAGACAGAGAUGUAAAGAUUAUGAUGAGAAGGGAUUUUGUAUGCGCGGUGACCUUUGCCCCUACGAUCAUGGCCUGGAUCCGGUUAUUGUAGAAGAUGUCAGCAUUCCUCCCCCACCUUAUGUCCCAGGACCUCCGGUGAUCCCUUCUAAUGGUCCUCCAAGAAUGCCGGGGCCAGGAUUUGUAAAUAGACCACCACCCCCAACACUUGGAGGCCCCCUACCUAUGCCUCCUCGUCCAGAUCGUUUUGAGUACAACCCUGAGGCGCCGGGAAUGACAGGCCCCCCCAGACAAUCAUUCUGGCAUGGACCACCCCCACCGCCACCACAGGGGCCACAAGCAGCUAACAAUUUCCCUCCUUUUCCUCCACCACAGAAUCCUUCUGUGCAAGUCAGAAAUAGAGAACAUCUCAUUAAUAUUACAGUAAAAGAUGAAAGUGAGGAGAAUGCUAUUGUACCCCCUGGUACGGAAUCCACGGAGCCAGGCCCAGAGAACACAAUGAUCGACUCCAGGACAGAGGGGAAGCCUGGCAGGACGGUCAUACCCCCAAAACGACCCUACAAUAGCGGUCCAGGUCAAGUCCAUCGAGGCUACCUUAACCCCUACCAUCAGAAUAAUUACAGGCCGUCCGCUCCCAAGAAACCGUUUGAUUUCAGCAGAGUAGGAGGAUACAGAAAGCCAGACACAGAUGCCUUAAGUUUGGAAGUUAGGAAAAUUCCCAAGGAAUUCAACAACAUUUCCGCAAUAAAUCAGCAUUUCUGCAAAUUUGGAAACCUAACAAACAUACAAGUUAAUUUUGAGAACGACCCUGAGGCAGCCCUGGUGACUUUCUCCACCAAUCAGGAGGCUCUGGCCUGCUACAGAAGCACCGAGCCUCUCUUCAACAACAGAUUUGUCAAAGUCUUCUGGCACAAAAAUAAAGACAACACUCAA